AUUUUCCCCUGGUUUCCUUCCUCCUUUGAUUUAGAGAGAAACCCAAUCUCUAUGUGUGUGUGUGUGAAUCGUCAUGAUUUUCGACACCAGGUCAAAGCAAUCAAACCUCGAUUGUUUCCUCCAAUGCACAACGCCCGCCGUCAACUCCCAGUUCCUCCCCAAGAGCGAGAUUAGGAAUCUCAAUCGGUUAUGGCACCCUUGGAGUGUAAACCAUUAGGCGUUCCCAUCGCGUUGAACAACGUCGAGUAUUUCACAUUGGGCGAUCUCUGGAACUGUUACGACGAAUGGAGUGCGUACGGUGCCGGCGUUCCCAUCGCGUUGAACAACGACGAGAGCUUGGUUCAGUACUACGUUCCUUAUCUCUCCGCCAUUCAAAUCUUCACCAGCAAUUCUUUGAGGGAAGAGACUGAGCGGGUGAUGUCGAGAGGGAUUCGUUUAAUGAUUGGUACAGCGAUGAAAGCGAGAUAUGGAGAUGGGACGGUUGUUGCUCGUCGGAGGGCGGUGGCUCUGAUCAAGACAGCCUUUGGCAAUAGAUUGGGUUAUCUUUAUUUCCAGUAUUUCGAGAGAACUACACCUUAUGGAAGAGUUCCACUCAUGGAUAAGGUCACCUUCUCUCCAUUUUCUCGUGGGUAA